UGUACUGAAAGGAGUGAAAGGCGGCAUAAGUGCUGUUACGGAUGUAAACAAAUAUCCUUGGACGGACUAAACUUAGCUGUAAAUUAGCUUCUGCCGCUAGUAAAUCACUGUGUGAAGCUCAGUGUUUUACCCGCAUCGCUUAGCCUCAGAUCAGUCCUUUCCGUUUCUUUAGCAGCUGUGUGGAAGCGUCGUUGUUGCCCAGUUCAGUUGGGUGGCAGUGGAGGCGGUGUAACGUUCAGGAUUCCACAAGCUGUUUUGUUGUCAGCCGGUGAAAGACAUGAGGAGCCUUUAGGUUAACACCUCCAGGGAAGACUUUACCAACAACAAGCACAACAAAAAAAACAAAAACUGAUCCAGAUGGAGGCUUCUCUUGAAUCAGCGCGGAAUACUAACUUUAGUUCUGUUCUGUCGUCAUGCGAGCCAGAGCUCCAGGAGUUGAUGAGACAGAUCGACAUCAUGAUCAGCCACCAGAGGAGGGAGUGGAUGGUUGAGAAGCAUGCCCUGGAGGUCAGGGUGAAGAACGGAGAGGAGGGCCUUCUAACCUCCAAAAACAUCAUUGAGCGGAGGGACCUGGAGAUCGGAGUACUUCAAAAACAGCUGGAAGAAAUCCUGAAAUGUCGCCAAGAGGUGGUCACAAAGUACGAGCAACAGCUGCAGAAACUCCGAGAAGAGCUGGACCAUUUAAAGGGAAGUUACCUCAAACUCCAGCGCAAACAGCUCAAGCAGACAAGUGGAGCAGCAAAAGAGUCAGACCAGUUGAAGGAGUACCAGCGGCUCUCUGCUGAUUGGGAGCAGCAGCGGGCACAGUACCAGAAGCAGCUCACCACCCUGGAGGCUCAGAAUAAAAGCCUGACUGAGGAGAUCUCACACAUUAAGAGUGCACCCUGGCGGGUGGAUCAGGAGCACAUGGAGUGCUGCUCCGAGGUGCAGCAUCUCAGUGCUCUGCUGGAGAAGGCCCGCAGCAGCCUGCUGUCCCAGGAGCUGGAGCUGGAGCGUCUGCGACCCUGUGAGGCCCUGUUGGGACAGCCAGAGCAGCUGCGGUCAGGCGAACCGGACGCCUUGAGGGAAGCUGACCUGGAUCAGCAAAGACUUCGAAAUGAAGCCGUCAGACUCAGACAGUUGCUCCACGCUAAAGACCAAGUCAUCUGCUCUCUGGAGGACUGCCUGGCGGCUCAGGGAUGCACCGGCCUGGAGGUCAUUAGGAAGGACCUGGAGAAGACGGCCGACAAGCUGCAGGGCGCUCAGGCCGGCGAGGCCAGCCUCAGGGCGGAAGUGACGUGUCUGAAACAGAGAUUGGAGAGCAUGAGCCGACAGCAAAAGGAUCAAACGAAGAUGGAGAAAGAGCUGAGAAGCAUAGCAGCAGACUUUGACAACUCGCUCGCUGAAAGCAAAAAGCUCCGGGAGGAGCUGGAGACGGCGCGGCAGACCCACAGCGCUGAGGUGGAGGGCAUGAGGAGGGAGGUGUCGAAACUGACAGGCGAGCUGCACCAGCGCGACGUGUCCAUCUCGGCGCUCAGCGGCUCCUCGGCCAGCAUCCAGCAGCAGCUUCGCAACGAGGUGCAGCGGGCGGCGGAGGCAGCCACGCAGCUCAAGAUGACUCAGGCGCAGCAGGAGACUCUUCAGGCUGAGAACGAGCAUCUGAGAGGUCUGCUGCAGACGCUGCAGUCCCGCUCUCCCAAGGGGGAUGAAUCCUCUGCUGCGAUGCUGCAGCAGCGCUACUUGACCUCCAUAAGCAGCCUGGAAGAGGAGAACCGGCAUCUGAGGCAGGCACUCGCUAAGCACCACGUGCAGCUGGAGGCUGAGGGUGAAACGGGUCCGGAGAGGAACCGACACGUCACGCUCAGCCACACCAUGACCACGGCACAGGUGCAGCCUGGUCCAGAACGGACUCAGCCCGCUAGCUACGACAGGAAGAUCCAGAGGCUCUUUAAAGAGCUUCAGGUCUUUCCAAAAUCUUCCAACGAGCCGCCUGGCCGAGAGCACAAAGACAGCCAGCUGCACUCCUCUUCAUCUGCCUCCUCUUCCACCAGCAGCCCUGGACUGAGCAGAGGAAACUCAGCCACAGCCCUCACUCCACACAGACUUGCUGCUGAGGGCCAAAACUCCGGCCCUGAAAACUCUCUGACCUCCAGGCCCAGAGGCCAAGAGGAGGCGCUGUCCCCUGCACGCAGCGCAGUGUCUCGUUUCCUGGAGGAGGAGAGCCUGUGGUCCAACGAGCUGCGACUGAAACUGGACAGCCACAUCCGCGGCAUGAAGGAGAACAACUUCAGGACGGUGUCCAAGUUCAUGGCGAGCGGCUCGGGAGCGCGCUCCUGCUCCGAGCCGUGACCCCGGCCUUCUGCGCCGUGACCCCACCUUUCUGCCUUAACAUAUCUGAUAAACGGUACUAAACAGGUGUGUGACUCUGCUCACUCAUUAAUGAACACCUGCUCAUGGUUUCACGAGUGUCGAACGCACCGUUUCCUAAUUUACUACGCAUUUUGACGUGUUGAAAAUCACAAGCUUGUCUGUUUGCGAUGAACGGCGUGGUCUUGGCAGGAUGCGUUGCCGUGGCGUCAUCUCGUCUUGCGUCGUUUCUGUGAAUUCAUAUUUAAGGAUCAGCUGACCACCUUGGGAUGAAUUCUCACAACUCUAUGACAGCCUUCUAGUUGUUGAAUAAUCGUUACCUGAACGAAUCAGAAAGUAGACCACGCUGCUGGCAUUUGGAGCCACUUUAAGCACUGAGCAUGCUGAGAUGAGUAAAUAUGGGCAUCAAAUGGCAUCUCAUCAACCAGUAAUAUUACUAUGAAAACAUUGCACUUGGUAUCAAUUAUUGUAUCGCAAAUAUUCAAUAUUAGUAUGACAAUGCUAAUAUUGGCGUUAAUAUAUUGAUGUUCAAUGUUGCUAAGAUGAUGGGAUUUACUAGCUUCUCAUUUCAGAGACCUUGAACUCUCCCGAUUUGCCGUCUUUGUAGAAAUCCCUCUGGUUAGGAUCUUCAGUUCAGGUUUUCAUAAAUCAAAAUCCUGCUCUACACGUGUGAAACGAUCAAGAUUUCUCCGGUACGUUAAUCAGAUUUCCUGAGAACGUGUUCGGUGUUAUCUUUGGGAAAAGCCGACCUUUUUACCAGGUUUAUCCUAUGUUUCGAGGACAGUUACUGUCCCCAGUUCCCACCCACUCUGCAGCUCGUCCAGCGCAGGAAUGUGCGCGCCAUGCCAGCGCUGUCAUGAAGCCUCCCCCUGCAGCCCGCGCCGUCCUCAUCAUUAGAAACCUGGCGGAAUGUUAAUGUGGACCAUGUGGACGGCUCAGAGGCCAGCAGAGCCGUAUCCAGAUGCAUUUUUAUAGCUUUGUUUUAAAUCAGAGACACAUUGAAAGAAUGGAAAUAAACUGAGGGAAAAAAUAAGAAAAAAAAA